UUAAAGCACCGCACACCAAGGAAACCAUCAGCUCUAUAAUCGGCAGAGGAUGAUGUUAUGCGGUUAAUCCUUUACCUCAUAGAUCCAUGAUAGCAGUCUUCCACGGGAUUUCAACCGGAGUGGACGCUUAAAAUCGGGACGCUCAGAUACCAUUGAUGGGGUUUCAUAGUGAAUCACUUGGUGGGUAAUUGGGAGCUGAAUACUUCAGAAGGAGUAAUUACGCUUAUUGUGGAAAUGGUGAAAAUUGUGAAUUGAUGAUGCAGUGAAAGUGUUGUGACAUUAUGCUUGCAAGUGCGAAUCAUGCUUGUAAAUACACUAAAAAAACAUGUGGAUAACACGUUGGAAUCCUAUCCUGUUGGUUAUUCUCGGGCAAUGACACGGAGAUCGUGGAUGCGUUAGUCCUGAGGCGAUAAAACGACCCCAUUGAAAUGUGGAAAAGUCGGUGGUAGCAAUGAGUUCUUGUAACCAAAUCUUCAAUCACUGAAAUAACGAUCAUGACACAAAUCAGAGCAAAUCGCAUGGUAUGCUCAAGUGGUGAACAUUGCUACAUAACAUAAAAUCAUACAGCUGCAACAGACAAACAAUGCACUUGACAGUAAGGUCGCUUCGAGUGUCAGCACUGAUCGCAAUCGUAUGGCUUGUACCUUGUUUGAUUGAAUCAAUCGGAGCGGACAAAAUAGAUGCAGCAGUCUUGAGCGUCACCACCACCAACACUGCAACGACGACUGCCUACUCGAGUCCUCAACAAGAUGCAUCCAAACGGGCAUCUGCACACAUAUCCGGUGAUUUCAUCAUUGGUGUUCUGUUUUCGGUUCACCAUCAGCCGCGACAGAAGCGCACCGGUCCGAAUCACUUCCUGGCCUGUGGAGAGGUUCGCGAGCACUACGGUAUCCAGCGAUCAGAGGUUACUUUUAAAACCAUCGACGAAAUCAAUCAGAACCCAUCAUUGCUGCCAAAUAUUACUUUAGGUGUGGAAAUUAGGGACUCGUGUUGGUACGCCCCGGUCGCUCUUCAGCAGAGCAUUGAAUUGAUUAGAGAUUCGAUCUCUCCACCUUCUGGAAUUCACCCUACACCUCGAAAUAGUGGUAAUAAAAUAGCUCAUAAGAACUUUGACGGCUACCUGUCAGAGGAAUAUUGCUUGGCUUUGAGUCAGAACACAUCUCUCAACAAACCGCCGAGUAAAUUUCGCCAAACUUUGAUAGGAGUUAUCGGUCCCGGCUCCAGCUCGGUUGCCCUGCAGGUUCAAAAUUUGCUUCAACUCUUUUCGAUACCCCAAAUCGGCUACUCGACGACAUCGAAAGAUCUAUCCGAUAAAGCACGGUACAGCACCUUCAUGCGCGUGGUGCCCUCGGAUUACUACCAGGCCCAGGUGAUGGUCGACGUGGUGCGACAGUUCAAUUGGACCUAUGUUUCGGCCAUCAACACCGAUGAAAACUACGGGCAAUCAGGAAUUCAAGCAUUUCGGGAAUUGGCGGAAAAGUAUGGUGUUUGCAUUGCGAGAGAGGACUCGAUUCUUAGCAACGCGGACGAUGAAUCCUUUUCCGAUGUGCUACGAAACAUCGAACAGGAUCUCAAUGCCAACGUGGUGGUUUGUUUCUGCGAAGGAAUGACCGUUCGGGGACUGUUGAAAGCAAUGGAACGCCUUAAUAUGACGGACCGAUUUUUGCUGAUUGGCAGCGAUGGUUGGGCGGAUCGGGCAGAUGUUGUCCAAAACUAUGAACGGCAAGCACUCGGAUCAAUAUCGAUUCGAAUUCACAGCCCAUACGUCAAAUCGUUCGAUAAUUACUACUUCUCACUGAACCCGUUCACCAACAAACGCAACCCGUGGUUUCAAGAAUUUUGGGAGUCUAGAUUCAACUGUCGUCUUCCAGUAAAUGAGGCGACAAUAGACAUUAGCCGACAUUUUAUUUCCGGAGAAGAGAAGCCCAUUUGCACUGGCACCGAAAAACUAUCCGAACGCUACAAGCAGGAACCGAAAAUGAGCUUCGUCAUCAAAGCAAUCUACACGAUGGCCUAUGCCCUGCACGCUUUACAGCAGGACUCGUGCGGUCGGAACUCGGUUGGCGUCUGUGCAGCUAUGUUCCCAUUCAAUGGGACACAAUUUUUUAAUUACCUUAUGAAUGUCUCGUUCAUCUACGAAGCUGGCGAUACCGUGGAAUUCGACAAUAGAGGAGAUCCGCCGGGAAGAUACGACAUAAUGAACUACCAACUACAAAAGGAUGGAUCCUACGAUUAUGUUCAGGUUGGAGAAUGGAAUAACGGGUCUCUCAGUUUCUUGAGAGAUUUACAGGUAUCGGAGUCUGGACCGGUGGAAUCGGUUUGUUCUAAACCAUGCUUUCCUGGUUAUUACAAGAACCUCCAAACUGGUGGUCAGGAAAAGCAGUGCUGCUGGGUAUGUGUGCCAUGCGAGAAACACCAAUUUUUAUACAACGAGACACACUGCAGGAAUUGCGAUUUAGGUUACUGGCCGGAUCAAUCGCAAACAGUAUGCUUACACAUCCCUAUUGAACACGUACAAUGGGGGGAUUCGGAGGCAAUUGUGGCCAUUUCCUUCUGUGUGCUAGGUUUCAUAGGUACCGGCUUGGUAUUCGGAGUCUUUGUUCGCCAUAACGAUACACCGGUGGUGAAAUCUUCCACACGUGAACUUUGUUACCUCAUAUUGGUUGGAAUGAUCAUAUCCCACAGCACCAUAUUUGCCAUUCUAGCGAAACCAUCACCAUUCUCCUGUCUCAUCAGUCGCGCAAUGCCCGGAAUUUCGUUCGCGAUGAUUUACGCCUCGCUGCUGGUAAAAACUAAUCGAAUAGCUAGAAUACUGGCAGGAUCGAAAAAACGCUUUCCCACCAAAAAGCCAAAGUUUAUGUCAGCCACUGCUCAGUUAGUCAUAACGGGUUUACUAAUCUCGAUCGAGAUUGCUAUAGCUGUUUUUAUGCUGAUAUUGGAACCUCCUAACACAGAACAUCAAUAUCCAACGAGACAACGAACUAUAUUGGCUUGUAAUACAACCAGGCAAGGAAUUCUAGUUCCUCUAGCAUUCAUCUUUUUGCUAAUAAUUUUAUGUACUUUGUACGCUUGGAAAACACGAAACGUUCCGGAAAAUUUCAACGAAGCCAAAUUCAUAGGCUUCGCUAUGUACACGACUUGUGUCAUUUGGGUAGCUUUCGUGCCAAUAUAUUUCGGUUCCGAAUCGAAAAUCAUUACCAUGUGCAUAUGCAUAUCACUGUCGGCUAUGGUAACUCUACUGUUCCUGUUUCUCCCGAAACUGUAUAUUAUUAUAAUCCGGCCGGAGAAGAACAUACGAGCCUUGUUCACUACGUCCAAAUCCAUUAGAUGUCACAUUGGUUCACGUGUCGCCUCGGCAAUUACUCAUAAGACUUCAUCUUCCUACUCGAGUGGUCCUGGACCACCAGAUGACAACCAAGAAUACAGCUGCGAUGCAAUUAACAAACCGAUCAUUCGAUCCGCAUCCUGUCAAACGUCAGUAGAAUUACUGAACAAACUGUUAGAGAUGCAUAUUUAUGAAACAGACCAGUCUAACCCGGUGCCGCGUCAACGGAUAAUAUCGUCUACCUUGAAACAAGUACGUUAUACUCUCUCUCCAAUUAAGACCAGCACAACUAAAAAAAGUUCUAAAGCUGAUAAACGUCUUUUGAUGCGUGCGAGGAGUUCAAUACCCAAUAAAAAUAACAACAGCGAUCGAAACUAUUGUCGCAAAACGUCUGUCGAAGACGUAAGCGAAUUUUCCGAGAAAGCUAGCAGUCGGGAAACAUGUUGCCAUUGUGCACAUUUAGAUUCCAUACGCUACCAGUAUGAUCUGGUCGAUGAAAUCGAUGAUGAUUUGGAGUCGACAGUCAAUCAGAAGCAUCUACAGCAACCGACUGCGAAUGGCCUGUACCUGAUUCACGACUCGGCCAGUCAAAUUGGAAAUGGACCGAGUCGAACAGGACACGGAAAGUUUGCGAAAACAAUGAUUAGCGAGGAAAGUCUGUCUGAGUGUUCAAUUAGUACCAUUUCCGAGUCGUGUGAUUGCAAAUUCAAGAGUAUCACCAUCAGAUUGCCAAAGCCGACCAAUGCUCAACAGGUGAUUUAUUUCUAAUACACAAAGUUCGAAUAUAUGUAUCCUUUCGAAUGUUUCGAGCGCGGCAAGCACUCCUUUUUUUAUAUUCAUUCUUAGUAGCAAUAUAUGUAGAAUUAAGAUAUGUGAUGUUUGUCUAGUCAGAAUUUUUUAUUAUAAUUAUUUUUCAGUACUCGCUCAAUAAAACUAUUUAAUUAAGGCUUGAUGAUUUAUAUUUGAAAGAAUGCUGCUAUAUAAUUUAAAUGGUUUGAUUUUGAUCCGAAUGGUUGUCCAUAUUUAUCACAUUGAUCCAACCCCUAUUAUCAAACUAAACAUUCGAAUCAACAACUUCUUAGAAAUAAUAUCAUUACAAUAUCAACAAAAAAAUUACUGCCUUGGUUGUACUUCUGCUCAACUAUGCCGAGGUUGAUUGACAUCCAUGUCCAUUAGGGGAAUGUGCUAUAAAGCGCCUCUGCUAGCCCCCCUUCCUUUUUUAAGUAUUUAAGACUUGUCUGCACAAAAGUUUUAUCACUAACAGUAUCUUUUCCUAAGAUCUUUCUGCUAUGCAAGAUUGGCAGUUGUCGUUUGCAGGAAAAUAUGAAAAAAAUGAAAAUAUCAUAAGGCAGCUUAUCGAUGUAAGGUUUUGCAUCGAUUAAACAAGUAUUUUAACCGUAUAAAACGUCUAAUGUUCGGUUGCUACUUAGUAAUUUACUUUUAGCAGUGCUAAUAUCUCUAUUAACAGUAUAAAAAUCCAGAGAAACAAAUCCAUUUCUUUGAUAUACGAGUUUUCUCGUGACAGUCACUC